AUGCCAAUAGAAUCCUACAGUUGGAGUGAUCAGAAGAAAACAAGCCCCUCAUCUCGUACGGCCUCUCCGACUGGCGAUGCGAAUCACAUCCAAGUGCCCAAAUAUCUGAAUCCAAAGGGAAACAUAUUCUGGCCUAAUAAACUUUGGGAUCUUGUCUUCAACAACAUUGAACCAACCCAAGCAUUCAGUGGUGAUGUUGUUUUAACUUGUUUUUAUUUGGAUGAUCCAAAACUUCAGAAGGCAAAGGAACGAACACAUGAAAAAGUUUAA